GCCGUUUGCCUUGUUUUCAUGUGAAAUCCAUGUUGAUAGUACCUGAUUUCUGAUGGAGCUGAGAGAAUUCCACAAUCAAGUCCAUCCACCAGCAGACUAUGAUAUUAGUCCGUACGGUUCUCAGCGGUCACUACGGUUACGGAAAGUUCCAGCCGAGGAUACCAGUGCGGUUCAGUUUGAUUGGGCCUCCACACCUGAGAAUGCAGAAGAACCCGAUGAACCUCGAAACCUUCGUGAGCUGCCACUGCACAUGGGUCUGAAGAGAGCAGUAUGGCAGGUGCAAAAGAUGAGAGUUCCAGUGGUUUCCAGAUGGGGAUCUUGGAGAAUCAAGCAGUCGAAGACUUUUCGCCAUUUCUGUGAGAUUGCCAAAGAGGUUCUCAGCUAUUUGGUUCCAUGGAAGAAAGGAAUCCAGAAAAUAGGAGGUCACUUUGGUGGAGGAGUCCAAUCCUACUUCCUGUUCCUGAGAUUUCUUGUGAUUCUCAACUUCCUGUCGUUUCUGUUAAUUGCAGCAUUUGUCCUCAUUCCCAGCAUUGUGUUUCGUUCCAUUGGCUUCAACUCCAGCAUCCCUCUUUCAGUCAAUCUAACUAGUGUGGAUGAAUGUUUACAGUAUGAUCCAAAACCUGAUCCCCUGGCUGUGUUCUACACAUACUUUCUGGACCUGGUCUCAGGAACGGGUUUUAUGGAAUAUUCCUAUCUGUUUUACGGCUAUUAUCAUAAUACAAUGGUUGAGAGUAAAGGCUUCUCUUACAACAUCCCUCUGGCAUAUCUGUUGACGGCAGCCUUCUACUUCAUCUUCUGCCUCAUUUGUAUGAUUAUAAGAAUGGGCAACGUGGCCUGUGCUGUUGUAGCGAAGGGUGGAGGAGCAGUUGGGGGAUACAGUAUGCUGGUGUUUACAGGAUGGGACCAUGGUCUCCAGGGAGACCGUGCCGCUAAACAUAAACAAAAUAAUCUUCGAUAUCAGUUACAGGUGGACUUAGAAGAAGAAAGACUGCAACGGAAAGCUGCCUCGCUGACUCUGGGUCAAGCGUUCGCUCUCUAUGCAUUACGCGGUUUCCUCAAUCUUGUGGUCUUAGCACUCAUUGGUGGAACUUUCUAUGGGAUUGCUGAAGUAACCAAAUUCAGCCAGUCCCAGAAAACAACGGGCUUCAAUAGGUUGCUGUUGCAGUACUUACCCUCCAUUGUCAUAACAACAAGCAAUUUUGUGGUGCCACUCCUGUGUGACAAGAUUGCUUUACUGGAAAAGCAUUCUCCCAGUACCACUGUUAUACUGGCCUUGCUGCGGGCAGUGUUCUUGCGUUUGGUGAGUUUGGGUGUUUUGCUGUACAGUCUUUGGGAGCAGAUUACCUGUAAUGGAGAUACAUCUAGUGCAGACUGUACCCCCUGCGGUUAUAAUUAUGAGCAAUAUAAGUGUUGGGAGACACGAGUUGGACAAGAAAUGUAUAAACUGACUCUUUUUGACUUUCUGAUAACAAUCGCCACAUUGAUCUUGGUGGAAUUCCCACGCAGGAUCACAGUAGAUCAUUGCUCGUGUAAACUGGCUCAGUGGGUGGGACGGCAAGAGUUUCUGGUCCCCACGAAUGUUCUUGCUCUAGUUUACAGUCAAACAGUGGUUUGGACUGGAGCUCUUUUCUCUCCGUUGUUACCUCUUAUAAACACCGUCAAAUUCAUCCUCUUCUUUUACUGCAAAAAGAUAACUUUGUUUCAGAACUGUCAACCCGCUCUGAGAACGUUUCGAUCCACCAGCUCCAACUUCUUCUUCCUCUUGGUUCUGCUCUUCGGAUGGAUGUUGGCCAGCGUGGUUCUUAUUUACAGUGUAGCUAAGAUUCAUCCAUCUCAUGGCUGCGGGCCUUUUAGAUUUUCCCCAUCAAUGUGGCACGUUGUACCAGAAGCUAUCGACAUGCUAACCAGCACCAGUAAAGACUUUUUAAUCUACAUUGGAUCCCAGAAAUUCUCUAUACCACUCUUCAUCUUCUCGUGCGUGCUUCUGUGCUAUAUGGGCGCUUUAACAUCUGUCUAUGGGAAAAGUGUAGCACUGCUGAAAUCUCAGUGUAAACUGGAACAGCGUGACAAGCAGUUCUUAGUGAGACAAAUUGAAGAGCUGAAUGCCACAAUGCAGAAUGAGGAACCGCAGCGGCCCCAGAGAGACACAGAACGAUUCUACCAGACAGAACAGCAGUGGAAUGGACAUAACAAUUAUGCAUUUAUUCCAGAUGAAGACCCAAGGGCAUAUUAAGGCUUGAUAGACUCAAAAGUUCACUAAACACAUUUAUUAUGGACUACUCUGUAAACAGCAAAUCUAAGAUGAGUUACAGUUUCCACAAUUUGCAUUUUAAUGAGCAGAUGCUUUUAUGAGCCAAUUAGUUUUUUGUUUGCCAGUCAAAAGCUGUGAAGCAUAAUAUUUUAAGAAAUUAAAUGAAUGACUUCAUUACAUUUACAUUUUUUUCUUUGAGCAUGCAUUUAUUUUUAUUUAUUUUCUUUGAUAUUGUGUUUCUGCAUUUUUUUUUUGUAUUUUUCACAGUUAAAAAAUGUCAACACACACAUUGAGAUAGUAACACCAAAACCACAACUAAAAUGGGACCCUCUAA